CUAUAGAACAGGGCUCAAGUCCUUUUCAUAUUUCAUUAAACAUUUGAACUGCAUCUCCAGCAAAAAGGAAAACGAGCGAUCCUACAUAAAGCUAACAUCAACAAGCAUCGUCAAUGGAGAAAGAUAAUGCGCAACAAACCCUAACGCCCCUCGAAAAACCACUCCGUUGCAUCGUCAAGCUCGGGGGUGCAGCAAUUACAUGCAAGAAUGAGUUGGAGAAGAUAAAUGAAGAAAAUUUGAAAGCGGUUUCGAUACACUUGAGGGAAGCAAUGAUGUCUGGUGAAGUUGUGGACAUGGAUUGGAGUAAAAGACCCGGGAGAUCAGAUAUUUGUGUAAAUGUAAAUGGCAUUUCAGAUCAGUCAUUGUUGAACUCUAGUAACUUUAUUGUUGUUCAUGGAGCUGGUUCAUUCGGUCAUUUCCAAGCUAGCAAAUCCGGGGUACACAAGGGAGGAUUGGAUCAUUCUCUUGUUAAAGCUGGCUUUGUUGCUACCCGAAUUUCCGUCACAUCACUCAAUCUAGAAAUUGUGAGGGCUCUUGCUCGAGAGGGUAUUCCUUCAGUUGGAUUAUCUCCAUUUUCUGGUGGAUGGACAACGUUACAAAGAAAUGUUGCCUCUGCUGAUAUCGCUACAGUGGCUAAAACUAUUGACCGUGGUUUCAUCCCUGUCCUGCAUGGGGAUGCAGUGCUUGAUCACUCACAGGGUUGCACGAUAUUGAGUGGGGAUGUUAUUAUACGGCACAUGGCAGAACUCCUGAAGCCUGAAUAUGUUGUCUUUCUCACGGAUGUUUUCGGUGUGUACGACCGUCCUCCAUCAGAACCUGGUGCGACUUUGCUAAAAGAAAUAGCUGUUGAUGAAGAGGGAAGUUGGCAUGUUGUGAAUCCUGCCCCCAAAACUAUGAAUGAGAAAGUUGAGAUAACUGUAGCAGCUCAUGACACAACUGGGGGCAUGGUGACCAAAAUAUCCGAAGCUGCAGCUAUUGCAAAACUUGGUAUUGAUGUAUAUAUUGUAAAGGCAGCCACUGAUCAUUCCUUGAAGGCGUUGAAAGGGGAAGUAAAAGGGAACAUUCCUGAUGAUUGGCUGGGUACAGCCAUCCGUUUUAUGAGAAAAUAGUUACAAGCAGCUUGUCAUAUGACACCAGAGGCAUUAUCAUCAUACAUAGUCCGUAAUCUCUGGUAAUCUCUGACUAUCAAAUACCUAAACAAAAGAUCCCUGACUCUGUUUGCAAUUUAAUAACUGGUAGAUCAACCAUUUUUAACAAUAACCCAUUUUUAAUAUUGUAUCAUUCGGCAACCAUUUGCUUUUCUGGAGGAACCAUAACAUGAUUAAUAUGCUUGCAGAGCAGAAUGUUUUUAUUAGA